AUGGAUGGUGUCGGCAAACUUGGGCUAUCAACUUUACAAAAAGUUACAUCGGUAUUUUGCAUGUUGGCGUAUGAAACAUCAGCAGAUAGUACUGAUGAAUAUGUUAGGAUCGGCGAGUCAACUGCAAUUGUAUGUUUAAAGAGAUUUUGCAGAACAAUUGUAGAAGUAUAUGGAGAUGAAUAUCUGAGGACCCCCAAUGUCGACGAUGUUGCAAGGUUAUUGCAAAAGGGCGAAGAAAGAGCAUGGACAGGACAAUACUCAGGUCGUCAUGGAGGCCCAACCAUUAUUCUUGAGGUAGUAGCAUCAUAUGAUCUAUGGAUAUGGCAUGCUUACUUUGGCUUACCAGGAUCCAAUAACGAUAUAAAUGUAUUGCAGUCGUCUAAUUUGUUCGACAAUCUAUCACAAUGUAUUGCUCCUCAUGCUCAUUACACAAUUCAAGGAAAAAAUUAUGAUGUCGGUUAUUAUUUGGCCGAUGACAUAUAUCUGAAAUGGCCAACACUUGUUCAAACCAUUUCUAAUUCCGAUGAUAAAAAGAAACAAUAUUUUGCAAUGAUGCAAGAAGCAUGUCGAAAAGAUGCUGAGCGGGCAUUCAGUGUUCUCCAAUCACGAUUUGCUAUCAUCAAGGGGUCAGCUUGUUUUUGGGAUAAACGAACUCUGCAUGAUAUCAUGACUGCUUGUAUUAUAAUGCACAAUAUGAUUAUCAAAGAUGAACGCGACGAGCAAGAAGAUGUUAUCAUUUCAACUCCACAAUCAAUUCUGAAUGCUGAAAAUAUGGAGAUAACGGAAACUGAACGAUUCCAACGGUUCCUUGCUCGACAUAAGAGGUUGAAAAACAAAGAAGCUCAUUAUGCACUUCGAAAUGCAUUGAUUGAACAUUUGUGGGAAAGACAUGGAAAUGAAGCGAUGUAA